AUGGACAGACGGAGCCCAAGUCCUCGAGAUACUGGCCGCGACGGACACGAGCAGCAAGAAAACGAUCCCAAUCAGUUCGAGGUCCUCCUCCCCCCUAGAACCUACAGCCACCGCCGCAAAGCAUCCCUCGUAAUGGCCGAUGAACCCAGACACCCAGACCCCGACGAAGCGACAGCAUGCUUCGUGCAUUCCCUCAUCGCAGGCGAAGGGCUCACACCCGCCCGAAUCGCCAAUUUCCGGAUAUCAAAGGACAAGUCGAAGCUGGAGGCGGACAUUGUCGAUAGUUCCGCGGCGGCGGCGCACGACGUCGCGAUCACGGAAGAGGACGAUGAAGAAAAAGAAGACAUUGAAAAUACGAAACCAGAUAACCAUCUCCGGACGAAGUCGCCACGCACGAGGGCGAACGAGGUCGAGUCCCGACAGCUUACGAAGAAACAACUCUCCGAUAUGGCGUGGAAUGUGCGCAACCUGUCCAAGAAGCUCGAUAACAUUCGGCUUAAGCUCAAUGUUAAGACGAUAUUCCUUGUCACCAAGGCCGGGGAUGAGUCGGUUGUUGAUGCGACGAGAAAAGUUACGCAGUGGUUACUGUCUAAGGACCGUGGGGUGGAGUACGUGGUGUACAUAGAGGACAGGCUGCGCGUUGACCCGGAGUUCAACUACGAGGGUCUGCUGAAGGAGAAUCCGGCCGUGGAAAGGCGGCUCAAGUUUUGGGAUACGAAGCUGGCUACCGACCAGGCGUAUCUGUUUGACUUUGUCGUCACGCUUGGUGGUGACGGGACGGUGCUCUACACGAGCUGGUUGUUCCAACAUGUUGUGCCGCCUGUGCUGUCCUUUUCGUUGGGGUCGCUUGGGUUCUUGACGAAGUUUGAUUUCAAUAACUACGAGAGUAUCCUCGGGUCUGCGAUCCAGGGCGGCGUCAUGGUUAGUCUGCGGCUGCGGUUCGAAUGCACGAUUAUGCGGAGCAACCCACACAAAAGAGAAACACCAUCUAGCAAGAAGCAUCGAGAUCUCGUCGAGGAGUUAAUAGGUGAUGAAUCGGACGGCACACUCAGCCACAGACCCGAUGGCGUCGUACAUAUCCUAAACGAUAUUGUCGUGGACAGAGGGCCUAAUCCUACCAUGUCCUCAAUUGAGCUCUUCGGCGGUGACGAACACUUCACAACCCUGCAGGCUGACGGCGUCUGCAUCGCCACGCCAACCGGGUCAACAGCCUACAACAUGGCGGCGGGCGGCUCCCUCUCGCAUCCCGAUAACCCGGUCAUCCUGAUCACUGCCAUCUGCGCACACACGCUCUCCUUCCGCCCGAUUAUCCUCCCCGACACCGUCGUGCUUCGGGUUGGAGUUCCUUACGACGCAAGGACAAGCUCCUGGGCGAGCUUUGACGGACGACAGAGAGUUGAAUUACUCCCCGGCGACUACGUGACGGUUUCUGCAUCGCGAUAUCCAUUUGCAAAUGUCCUGCCUCAUGGAGGUCGUGGCGAUGACUGGAUGCAUAGUUUGUCCAAGACGUUGAACUGGAAUACGCGGCAGAGGCAGAAGGCCAUGCAGUAG